AUGAUUUCAUCAUCGAUUCAUCUCCAAAUCACAUUUUGCCUAUUAAUAUUUUCCCCUCUUGCCUUCUCAAGAAUACUUCUUACAAACCAAACACUCAUCUUCCCUCUCACUACCCAAAAUAUCCAUAACACUUCUUCAACAACAUUGCUCCAACGACGUCGUAUCUCUUCUUCUCCAUCCGUUAAGAUUCCUUUCACACACGAUGUCACACUCACCGUCUCUCUCACCGCCGGUUCACCUCCACAGACCAUCAAGAUGGUUCUCGACACUGGAAGCGAGCUUACAUGGCUCUACUGCAAACAAUCCUCAACAGCAACACCCAUUUUCGACCAUGCGAAGUCCUCUUCUUACAUUGCUUUACCAUGUUCUUCACCCGUUUGCACCAUCCAAACCCAAGACUUACCCGCUCCCGCCACGUGUGACAAACAUGCUAACCUCUGCCACGUGGCUGUCUCUUACGUAGAUGGAUCUUCCUUGGAUGGGAAUCUUGCUCAAGAGACGUUUGGAGUCGGGUUGUUGACAAGACCCGCCACGGCAUUCGGGUGCAUGGACUCAAGCUCCAGUGCAACACCAGAGGACAACGCAGAGACAUCAACCGGUUUAAUGGGAAUGAACCGGGGUCGGUUAUCGUUUAUUAACCAGAUGGGUUUAUCAAAAUUCUCUUAUUGUAUCUCCGGUUCUGACUCUACCGGUGUUCUGGUUCUCGGUGGCGCUUCUCUUCCACCUCUCAAAUACUCGCCUUUGGUAACUAAAACCGACCGGUUACCUUACUGGGACCGGUUCGCUUACACGGUCCAAUUCGAAGGGAUUCAGGUCGGGUCAAAAUUGUUACCCAUCCCAAAAUCUGCAUUUGUCCCGGAUCAUACUGGAGCCGGUCAGACAAUUUUAGAUUCGGGAACUCAGUUCACAUUCCUGCUAGAUCCGGUUUACAACGUCUUGAAAACCGAGUUUACCGAACAAACCAAAUCGGUUCUCACUGUUGACCCGAGUUACGUGUUCCAAACGGCAUUGGAUCUUUGUUUCCAAAUCGGGUCAACUAAACCUGAUUUUUCGAAAUUGCCAACGGUGAGACUGAUGUUCACAGGCGCAGAGCUGACCGUGUCGGGUGAGAAGCUGUUGUACCUGGUACCAGGGUCCGGAUCCCACCAGAAGUAUUGUUUCACGUUCGGAAACUCUGGCCUCGCGGGCUUUGAGAUGUUUAUAAUAGGGAAUGUUCAUCAGCAAAACGUGUGGGUGGAGUAUGAUCUUGCAAAUGCACAGGUCGGAAUUGCUAAUGAUGUCAAAUGUGAUCAAGCGAGUAAACUUCUUGGAUCAAGACUUUGA